AUUCAAUUAAGUGAGUAGAUCACGUUUGUUUGGUGUGAAAUUGACACCAAACUGUGACAAACCAUCAUACAAACAGAAGCUUAUGAGCUUACGACGACUUAAACAGAAGACAAGAUACAACAACUGAAAUUGCGUGAGGCUACCCGCCCUUGAUCUUGCUCGUUUGUAGUGACAGUAUGGACUUCGACCGCGUUCUUCCUCAAGAAAGCUCUCCACAACUCGACGACGACACGGUCAAGUACGAGGGCGGUAGUAAACAUGGAAUUAAAGCUCUUAUGGUCAUGGACGACUUAAGAAAACGCCAACAGCUAUGCGAUGUAACGAUCUGCGUGGGAAACAAACAACUGCGUGCGCAUCGCAUAGUUUUAUGCUCGUUUAGUUCCUACUUCCUUGCCAUGUUUACCGGUGGUAUGGCCGAAAGCUAUGAGGAAAGUGUGACAAUUAACGAGGUCGAUGGUAGAGCUGCUGAACUCCUCAUCGAUUAUGCGUACACCGGAAAGCUCGAUAUCACUGUGGACACGGUUCAGUCCCUGCUCUUUGCAAGCUCAUUAUUUCAACUAACCGCAAUUCAGAAAGCUUGUUCAGAUUUCUUACUCCGACAACUUCACCCUUCGAAUUGUUUAGGGAUCCGUUCGUUUGCCGAUACACAUUCCUGCGCCGGUUUAUUUAAAGCAUCGGAGAAAUACAUACACGAACAUUUUAACGACGUAGUACAGAACGAAGAAUUUCUGCUGCUUUCUCCCAACGAGUUAGCUUUGUUGUUGACUUGUGAAGACCUAAAUGUGAAUUCUGAGGAGGACGUGUACAACGCGUUAAUUGCGUGGGCGAGGGAAAACGUUGAAGAGAGGCAAUCAUUCUUAGCUGAGCUUCUUGGUAAAGUUCGCCUGCCGUCGCUCUCCCCUCACUUUCUGGUGGAUCAAGUGGAAAAAGAAGAGCUUAUUCGUCAAGACAUCGCUUGCAGGAAUCUUUUAGACGAAGCAAAGAAUUUUCACAUGCUUCCUGAUAGGAGAGGCAAGCUCAGAGGUGAAAAAUCACGCCCUAGAAGAUCUACCUACGGAAGUUUAUACAGUGUCUGUGGAAUGGACUCUACUGGUCAUCCAGUGAAAAGCGUGGAAAAGUAUGACUUCCACAGUGGCAAAGUGAAGCUUGUGGCACCCGUCAACACUGCUCGCAGUGGAGUGGGUGUGGCUGUACUUGAUGGGAAGAUGUAUGCUGUAGGAGGUCAUGAUGGAACAACGUACCUGAAUAGUGUUGAAUGCUAUGAUAUCAGGACAAAGCAAUGGAAGUAUGUUGCAUCUAUGGCACACGCACGUCGUUAUGUUGCGGCAGCAGCCUUGGAUGGCCUUCUUUAUGCUGUUGGUGGCUACGAUGGCUUUGCAGUUCUUGACUCUGUUGAAGUGUAUGAUCCGAGACUGGACCAGUGGAAACCUGCUGCUAAUAUGGCUAAUCCCCGAAGACAUGUUGCUGUAGGUGUUUUGGAUACAAAGGAUGCAACUGGAGAUGGCUCUGGACCAGGGUAUCUGUAUGCUGUUGGUGGUCAUGAUGGAAUCAACUAUUUAAAAACAGUAGAGAGGUACAACCCAGAGACGAAUGAAUGGACUUGUGUGGCAUCCAUGGGUGCACGAAGGGGUGGGGUGGGUGUGGCAACUCUUGGAGGAUGUCUGUAUGCAACUGGGGGUUAUGAUGGAGCCUCCAACCUGAGUACAUCAGAACGCUAUUACCCAGAUGAAGAUAGAUGGGCAUUUGUGGCUCCUAUGAGUGUAUGUCGCAGUGGACAUGGUGUAGGAGUUGUCAAUGGUUGUUUGUAUGCUCUGGGUGGUCAUGAUGGAGUGUCAUACCGAAAUAAAGUAGAAUACCUCAAUCCUCAAGUUGGUGAAUGGACAACUGUUGGCCCAAUGGGAAUGAGCAAAGCUGUUGCUGGAGUCGCUGUUGUGAAAGAAUAUUAGUGUCUGUGCUUUCAAGUCUUAUCUUUACCAACAUUUUUUUCUUAAUGAGUGAAAUUUAUUUUUCAUGCUAUGCAUGUUAUGUUUUUAGGAAAAAUUUAUUUUAUUAUUUGACUAAUUCACAAACUAUGAAUAAUUUCACAUUGGGGCAUUUCCCAAGAUGU